UGGGGCAGGGCUGCAGAGCCCAGCUGUUCCCCGGGCUUGUUCACACAUGAAAACUUCCUGUGAUGAGAACGGAAACACAGGUGCUGUCCCUACCACAGCAGCUCCCAUAGCUGGGGCCGGAGGGGAGCCAUGGACAGGCCCCGGGCCCUGGUCCUGCUCUUGGCGCUGCUGACACUCUGCAUCACUGCUGGGACCCCUGAAGUGUGGGUGCAAGUUCAGAUGGAGGCCACCAAGUCCCCGUCCUUCACUGUCCGCUGUGGAUUCCUGGGAUCUGGUUCUGUCUCCCUGGUGACUGUGAGCUCUGGGGGGCCCAACGGUGCCGGAGGGACUAGACUGGCUGUUUUGCACCCAGAAUUUGGCAUCCAGCAUUGGCCCCCCGCCUGCCAGGUCCACUGGGAAACCAAAACCAGCAUCUCCCUCACCUUGGAAGAAGGGUCUGAGGGGAUAAGCCCCAAUCCCAACACCACCUUCUGCUGCAAAUUUGUUUCCUUUCCUGAAGGCUCCCAGGAGGCCUGUGGGAACCUCUUCCUCAGCACAGACCAAGGGCUCCCUGCCCCUACUCCAUCCCCCAUACUGCGGGCUGACCUGGCUGGGAUCUUGGGGGUCUCGGGGGUCCUCAUCUUUGGCUGUGUCUACCUUCUCUACCUGCUGCAUCGGCAGAGGCACUGGUCUGUCAUGAAGCUUCAGCCACCCUUCACCAGCCCCCAGACACAGACGCGAGCAAGGCAGGUGGCCAGCCAAGCCUCCCUGGCCUCUCUCCACAUCCCGUACACUACUGUCAACACCAACCGUUACCGCCUCACCACUCUAGACACGGUUCUUCAGCCCCGGCCACUGUCCCCAUGGGCAGUGUUCCCCGCCCACACGGCGUGCCAACCUCGGCCUCCUGCCCCCUGGGUGCCCCUGCCAGCCUCUGCACGCAGCAGUUUCAUCUCCAUUGAGAAUGGACUUUAUGCUCAGGCGGGAGAGCGGCCUCUCCCAGUUGGCCCCAACUUUGUCCAUUUCCCUGACCCUGUGGGGCACAGAACCACGGAGGAGCACUUAGGAGUUCGAUGAGAGGGACCCCAAGUCCGCUUGGGCUCCCUCUCUUCUCAGGCCUCUGGGAUCCCCUUCUGUUGUGCACCUGUGUCCUGGGUACCCAUUGUCUUUGCACAUCUUAUCUUAUUCUCCGGCCUGCAUAAGUGUCUCUAACAUAAAGCUGGUCAAGGCCCACUCGCCACGGAUGUGGUCAGCACGUGUGCACGUGUGGGUACGUGUGGGCACACAUGUAUCUAUGCGAGGUGACAAAAUUCCAUCCCAGGUUGUUUCCUGUUUUCAAGUCCCCAGCCGUCACAGGUGAUGUUGAUAACUAAGUCAAAAAAAAAAGUGGUUUCUGACUGGGGCCUUGGCUGGACCUUUUCUUCUUUAGGGGUUAAGAGGUUAGAGGCAGUUUCAACCCCUGGGAGGCAGGAGCCAGGUUAGACUUGGACAGGGAUGGGGCCUCAGCAUAGGAGACCUCUCCCCUGCUCACCCUCCACUCUGGACCAGGGGGGGUUCCUGGCCCUGUAGACCUUGCUGAGUGGCACCAGGGGCUGGGAAGGUGAGAUUGGGGGGUCUAUACUCCCAUCUUGCCAUGUCCUAGGACAGCAGCAAGGGCUUCUGGGGCUUCAACCCAAGAAAAGCCCCUGUAGCCUGGCCCAGCAUGCCUAUGUCGGGCUCCCUGAGAUGUUCUGGGGGAGGAGGUCCUGAUGCCUUCCUUCCACGGAAUUCCACAAUAUCCACAAUUCCACAGAAUUGAUAUUCAGAGGCAGGAGGAUCACCUCAGAUCUGCCCACAGUAGCUUCCUCUGGCUCCUCUCUUAUUACUAGGGCACCAGCACUACUCCCCACUGGGUACUCAGGGGGCAGGUAGAGGCGGGUCAACACAGGGACUGAACACACACUCCCCUACCCACUCAUCUUCCCAUCCGGGAAUCAGCCUCCUGCGGUAAACAGGCCCAGCCACCUGGGCCUCAUCACACCUUUGCCAUGUGAGAACACGGAAGAGCUCUACAAGCUGCAAGGCUCUACAGGAGUGUGAAAGAUUCUGGGUGGCAGCGACAGGAUGGUCCUGGAGCCAGGCUCAGGCCGCACCCCCAACCAGGAUGGAUACUAGCCUGGGAGAGGAGACACCUGCCACUAGGUCCUUUACUUGGUUCUGCUUGUGGGAAGUCCCAGGCAGCGCUACCUGCCAAGCCAGGAACCACCCCCUCUGCCUGGUUCAGGAAGAGCCUGCCCAGAGCCUGUGUCCAACCACAGAACCUUCCAGAAACCCAGUUUACUAUUCUAGGUAUGCUCUGGUGUGGCUUUGCCAGGACCCAGCCCCACCCAGCCACCACCUCUAUGAAGCAUUGGGGAGAGAGUGGGGCAGGUAGGGUGAGGGGGUAGUUAAGGGGUCACAGGGCCUGCCUUCCUCAGCCUGUGAUCAUCUUCCUCCUCUGAGGAGACCUCAGCAUUGGCCUAAACAGCUCAGUGGUCCCUGCAGGGCUGGGGGCUCAAGGGAGAGGAGAGGGUGCCACAGAGGUCCCGGAGGCCGCUCAGGGAUAUGUUAGGGAGGGAGUAGAUCUGGGCCCAGCUG